AUCUGUUCAGUUCAGCCAAUUGACUUGAAUUUCUUGGAGGAGCCGGUAGAAAAUGGUCCCGCCAACAAAAUUGAGAUCAGCAUGGACUGCAUUCGGAUGCAGGACUCGGACAUCGGUGAUCCGAUGUGGCCGCAGUACACAAACCUGGGGCUCUUAAACAGCAUGGACCAGCAGAUCCAAAACGGCUCCUCGUCGACGAGCCCGUAUAAUACGGAGCACGCCCAGAACAGCGUCACGGCGCCUUCGCCCUACGCCCAGCCCAGCUCCACUUUUGACGCCCUCUCCCCCUCGCCUGCCAUCCCCUCCAAUACCGACUACCCGGGGCCCCACAGCUUCGACGUCUCAUUUCAACAGUCUAGCACAGCCAAAUCAGCAACUUGGACGUACUCCACAGAACUGAAGAAGCUGUACUGCCAGAUUGCCAAGACGUGUCCCAUUCAGAUCAAGGUGAUGACGCCUCCCCCUCAGGGUGCCGUCAUCCGCGCCAUGCCAGUGUAUAAGAAAGCAGAACAUGUCACGGAAGUGGUGAAGCGCUGUCCUAAUCACGAGCUCAGCCGGGAAUUCAACGAAGGUCAAAUCGCUCCUCCCAGUCACCUCAUCAGAGUUGAAGGAAACAGCCAUGCCCAGUAUGUGGAGGACCCGAUCACUGGGAGACAGAGUGUCCUUGUGCCUUAUGAGCCGCCCCAGGUUGGCACUGAAUUCACCACCGUUUUGUACAAUUUCAUGUGCAACAGCAGCUGCGUCGGGGGCAUGAACCGGCGCCCGAUCCUUAUCAUUGUGACGCUUGAGACCAGAGACGGUCAAGUUCUGGGUCGCCGGUGCUUUGAGGCACGGAUCUGCGCUUGCCCAGGCCGGGACCGUAAAGCAGACGAGGACAGCAUCCGGAAGCAGCAGGUCUCGGACACCACAAAGAAUGGUGACGGUACGAAGCGCCCUUUCCGACAGAGCACACACGGGAUCCAGAUGACGUCGGUCAAGAAGCGGCGCGCUCCGGAUGACGAGCUGUUGUACCUACCGGUGCGAGGCCGCGAGACGUACGAAAUGCUGCUGAAGAUCAAGGAAUCCUUGGAACUCAUGCAGUACCUCCCUCAGCACACGAUCGAGACGUACCGGCAGCAGCAGCAGCAACAGCAGCAGCAACAACACCUGCUGCAGAAACAAAAUUCGCUCCAGUCCCAGUCUUCCUACGGCUCCAGUUCGCCCCCGCUCGGCAAGAUGAACAGCAUGAACAAGCUGCCCUCCGUCAGCCAGCUCAUCAACCCCCAGCAGCGCAAUGCCCUGACGCCCACCUCGAUGCCCGACAGCAUGGGAGCUAACAUUCCGAUGAUGGGGACCCACAUGGCCAUGGCUGGCGACAUGAACGGGCUCAGCCCCACGCAGACGCUGCCCCCUCCUCUCUCGAUGCCCUCGACCUCCCACUGCACCCCGCCGCCUCCCUAUCCCACGGACUGCAGUAUUCUCAGUUUCUUAGCCAGGCUGGGCUGUUCUUCCUGCGUGGAUUAUUUCACGGCGCAAGGCCUGACCACCGUCUAUCAGAUUGAACACUACUCCAUCGAUGAUCUGGUGAGCCUGAAGAUCCCCGAGCAGUUCCGGCAUGCCAUUUGGAAGGGCCUCCUGGACCACCGACAGCUUCACGACUUCUCCUCUCCGCCCCACCUCCUCCGCACACCCAGCGGGGCCUCCACGGUCAGCGUGGGCUCCGGCGAGACCCGCGGGGAGCGCGUCAUCGACGCCGUGCGCUUCACGCUCCGCCAGACCAUCUCCUUCCCGCCCCGUGAUGAGUGGAGUGACUUCAACUUUGACCUGGACGCCCGCCGGAACAAGCAGCAGCGCAUCAAGGAGGAAGGCGAGUGAAGCAUCGGGGGCGGCAUGCCCUCCGCCCGCCCACCUCGCCAUCCACCCAGCUGGACGGUGCGCCUGUUUCGCUCCCUGUGGACGGUGCCAGGGGUGUGGUAAGGGCGGGGGGGGCUCCCCCGACAGGUGCCAGCCGCUCCUCUUGUCCUCUUCCUUUCCGGGUUUCAUGCUUCUCACUUGAAGCGCACCCGUUUUGUAUUCCCUCGUGAGUCUCCACCGUGUUUUUUUGUAAGUGAGGGGGUGGCCCUUCAAUAAGGACCAAGAAGCAUCAAGAGAAGGGUAAAAAACUGUGGUUUUCCACAGUGGUGGUACUUAAUGCGCCUGUUAAGACAAACCGACUUCCAUGUGCCUUCAGCUCAAGCCGGGUGGAAAGCGUUGGCCUCCGGCAUUUGGCUUCUUGUCUGUUUUAUUUUAUCUUUUUUCAGUGCACCAUUUGCAGGCUGUGGGUGAAUUCCUUUCUGGUUUGUAAUGCACACCUUCAGAUGCCUUUUGGAGCACCUGCCAGGAGCUAUGCAAAGUUCAAAGGCCUUAGGCCACCUGCUUUCUACCUGUGCGUUUCAGAGUUACAAAACUGAGCGAUAAACCUGAAAAGCCCACAACAACCAUGAGUGAUGAGAGUUCGCCCGACGAAGGCUGGAAGGGGCGCGAGGCGGGCUUUGGAUUUCAUCGUGCGCUGCCUCCAGAGACUUUCCUGGUGUCACCAGUGCAGCCAGGAGGAGAAAGACGGCCCCUGUCCCAGGCCACUUUUGGGCUUACGGUGUAGGUGAUGUGUGGGUAUGACAUUUGAAGCCGUUAUGUGUCACCUCAUUCAUGCAAUAAGGUCCUGAAUAACAUUUGCUUGCCUCUCUUCCUCCCCCCCCCCUUCUUGCUUUGCAACAAAAGCUUGCUUUUCAUUUUCUACCUUUCUAUGGGCAGAAAAGAAUUGCCAGAGGGUUAAGUGUCAAAGAGUCCAGCUCACAACGGUGUGACUUAAAGCCCCAUUUGCCUGGUCUGUCUCGACUAAUCCCGAUCGCACCCUAGGUGUAGGAGCUUAUGGUGACAGGGCUGCUCAAGGGGUCUCUCCGAGGGAAAGGACAUGGAUCAAAUUCUUUCGGAAACCACUCUUCUCCACACCACCGUGCCUUUGCACCAAAGGGUAGAGAAACAGUGGCUUUCCCGAGGUGGCUUCCAGCAACUCCCAUCAGCUGUAGCUACCAGGGCCGGGGCGGGGGGGGGAGGCGUCCCAGGAUCUCCCCUCCAGCAGCAUCUCUCCCUUGUUCUGCAGACGGCCUUUUGCUGUACAUAUCAUGUCUCUUUGCGCCCUCCUCCUUCCACUUGCGGUCCUCUUUGGGCCGCCCUCCUGAUGGGGAUAGGAUUGGGGAGCCCCUGCAGAAGAAGAAACGGGGAGGAAGAGGAGUCCCUGCACCAGGUUGGCAUGUGCAUUUGUUCUUUUGGAGAAACGACUGAUCCUGUGAAAGUCAGGGAAGAGGAAGGAAGGCUUCCUCAACUCUGUGAAAUUCCAAGCGUGUCUGGUGCGUGUGUCUCUCUGACGCUCUUGCUUUCGUUCCCUUCCACCAUCCAUCCACUGCGUCUCUAACUUCUGCCUUAGCUGUCUGUUUCCUUUGCACAUCCCAUAGCUACAAAAUCUCUCCCGCAGGGAAUGUUAUUGACUAGCACAACUAUUAGUAACUAGCACAACUGACUGUAAUUUACGUCGAUCCUCUCUGUUCAUGUUUCACACUGUUAUUAUCGGACACAACUGAUUUUAAUUUACGUCGAUCCCAUCUGUCCGUGUUUCGCACUGGUCAAUACGUCUGACAGCGACUGAACCAACGUGGUACAGUUUUUUUUUUCUUUGUAAAGUUUGUAAGUGUAGAUUUGUGCUGUAUGUAUUUUUGGUCGUUUUUUGUUCUUCGCCUGGACCAGCCAUUUAUUGAGCUCUGUUUUGUUUUGUUUUUUUAAUUGUUAUUAUUUCUCCUGGGGGUAUUGGGCCUUUCAAGAACCACAUUUUUGUCCGCGUUUUUAAUUUUUUUAGAAAAAAAACCAAACCACCACCUGUUUUUGAGGAAGAAGCUACACCACUAAAAUAAUCACGUAUCUACGCUAAGCAGAAGGCACGCACGACAUGUCUGUAUGUUGUCUCCCAGGGAGUGGAGUGGAAAGGGUGUGUGAGAGAAAGAUAGCGCAGGUUGACUACAAGAGUCCUAGAUUUCAAACGAAGUUCAUGUGCUGAAUUCAAAUGAUACACAUAUCUUGUAAGAAGUAUUAAUUUGAUGGAAAACGCUCUGUUGUCAAUGCCAGUGUAAAUAAAACCACAUUACG